AUGGUAUUAAUCGCCUUCUUCGUCGAGACCAGGUUCGACUUUCCGACUUCUCUGACACCGGCGAGCAUCGUGUCCUCUACGCAAUGGCUGCACUUCGCUGGCCCAUCAUCGAAUGCUGCGAUCCAAGGUCUUUUGACUUCGGGCUUGCGCAGUAUCACUAUUCUAUCGGGAAUCUGUUUGUUCUCGUCCAAGGUCAUGACCACGGCCACCAAAAACAUGCCGAUCAUCGACUUCCAGAACGGGCAGUGCAACGGUGCUACACUCUACGAGCUGGAGUACAUUGCCCGUAGUGCUCCAGCCAUUGCAGAUCUUGCUAUCGCCUCCCGACCCGCGGCGGAGCGGACUGGUCAUAAUCGCGAAGACAAAGCCUGCCAGCCACCCCAGAUUUGCUUGGACAUACCCAGUUUCCAUUACUACCAGACCAUCGACGAUCUAUUGCGGUCUGGUCGUUGUGGAUUCGCUGAGGCUCUGAAUUGGCUCUGUGCCAUUGAGACGCACCAUCAGCAGAUCUCGCAUAUCUUCUGUGGUUAUCUCCACGUCGAGCUACUGCGAAGAGACCCGUCCGUCAAACCAUGCGCCAUCAGUGUCACACCGGGGAGUGAACGAAUACUCUCGUGCAUCCGCAAGUCGCUCAUUAUGCUUACGCUUCCAUCGGUGCAACAAGCCGUCGUCGAUCUCGGUGUCCAUGAACCAGCCUGGACAAGGUUUAUGCAGUUUGUGCCCGACGCGGAAAAUCCAAAGGACUUCAAAUCCCUCGGGCAAAUGUUCUAUGUGUACCAGGUGGUACGGCACGCUCUAGGGGAUGAGUCAACACAACCAGACUUGUUGAUUAGUGUCGAGGACAGCGCGGAGCGCGGCGUGUAUUCACGCGCUCAAAAGCUUCUCAAAAGAAUCCGAGACGCUACAUCCUCAGCUUCGCCUGUACUACUAGAAACAUACCUCUGUCCGCGUGUCUUUGUCGAGAACAACGCUCACGGGUCGGAGCUUUAUGCCCAUGACCCGUAUCCAGCGUCAAUCUACGAGAAAUGCAACUCGGAGGGUAAUGGACCAUUUCUUAGCAGUUCAAGAACGCUCUUCAAGCUGGACUGUUCUGGUAGUCGCAGCGAUGUUUCCUUUGAUACUGAUGGGACGCUGUUGGAGCUGGACACUUUGGAAGUAAUUGAGAGAUUGUAUGGCGAGAGGGCGGCUACGCUGCUGCGGGAACUGGGUCAAGAGGUAGGCCUCUUUGACGGGCUGACGCAGCCUUAG